AGGGGGCAUGAAUCUUUGAUGAGAGGCUCAGGUGUCCCGCCCGGCCUCUGGAUUAUUGAUGGUGGCUGAGGAGGCAUGGGGGGUUGUCUCUUCCCCUUCUGGGGUGUCACUGCCCUGGUAACACUAGAAGGGACGUGUCCGCCCCCCUUUGGGAGAGCUGCUUGGUGGCCUUCCCUCGCACAGCACGGCGCCCGGCGGUCAUUAGUUAGACAGUGAGUGUGUUAUUAGUGGGGGCCCCUCACGGAGCACUUUCUCCCGCUUACUCCUCACCACGGGCCUCCGCGUGGGGGAGGCCGAGCCCCACAUUAUGGAAGAGUUUGAGGUGCAGUGAGGUCAGGGGUCACAUGCAGCGACGGGAAAGGUGGCACCCCAGAGGCCAGGUCUUCAUCAGGGACCUGCUCGGGCUCUGCAGGUGGGUCGCUCUGCCUGGCCCCGUGGGGCUGUCUUCGUGUCGUGCUGCCCUGAGCACCAAGGGCCUGCGGGCUCAGCUGGGACCUGUCCACCCAGUGGCCUUGAGGGUGGUGCCCAGCCCGGUCUCAGGCUCAGGUCGCCCUGCAUGAGGGGCACCUGAGGACGUGACCAGAGUGUGUUUCCUAAAGGCCCCCCCCUUGCCCCCGAGCUGCGGGCCCUAUAAAUACUCUCUGACCUCAGCCCUCCAGCUGUGUUCCUGCAGAAUUCCCCUGACCUCUGCGGAGCCUCAAGGUCAUGCUGGCUGGCCCUGUGCACCUGGGUUUCUCCCUGAACCACAGUGGGUCUAUGAUGUGCCAUGGUUCCCUAGCUCCGACCACGACCCUCACCUCUGCACUCGGGUCCCCAGUCAUUGGCUGUCCCCUCCCAGCUCUGUGGUCCAAGGACCAAGACAGUCUGUUUUGAGGAGUUCCUGAGAGUCACUCCUCCUCCAUGAAGCCUUCCAGACUGCCUGGGGGUGGGAGCUGGUUGCCUCCCUGUGUCUGCGCAUGCCUGUGUGUGUCUGUGUAACAUUUAUACAUCCUUUGCCUGCAAACAUGUCUUCGCCAAGCUCUGCGUCUGCCAUUCAUGUGUGUGUAUGUGAGAACCCCAGGCAUGGUGGCUGGGUGUGUGUGCGCCAGUCUAAAACACGUGUGUUUAUUUGUGUUAGACCAGCUGAGCGUGUGCUCGUGGACGGGGGUGUUGGCAUUCACACUCCUCUGCCACCUGCACGUGUUGACGUGUUACGUUCACAUGCUGGGCUGAGUAUGUACUGUUUGUUGCCACAUGCAACAUGUGCAUGUGUGUGCAUGUAGUCACCGUGGGCAUAGUGGUCACCGGGGAACUGUCCACGUGUUUCUGUCUGUGGUUAGGACAGUACUGAGUGUCUCCCUGUCCAGCUCGGCCUGGCCUGCUCCAGAGCCCGCCCCCUCCCCGAUGGGCUGUCCCGUCCCCGCUGCCCUGUCACCGGAGCGCCUCCAGCCAGGCGGCCACUCACCCGCCACCUCUGCUGGCUAAAUUUGGGAGCUUAUGUUCAGCCAGCUCGGGUUCCCGAUCACAUGGAGGGCUGUAUUUAACCCGCUCCCCGCUCAGCCACCAGACCCCUCAGAACAGAGCAGGCCCUGCCCGUGUCCCUGCCGCCCUGCCCACCGCCGCUCAUCCCCACCAUGUUUCUUGUGCUUGUAGCCACCGAGCAGCUGAGGGAAUUCUUCGCCAAGGCGCGGGCCGGCUCCGUCCGGCUCAUCAAAGUCGUCAUUGAGGAUGGUGAGUGCCCCCUGGGAGGGGGACGGAGGCCGGCGCUGGACUCGCUGCUUCCCUGGGAGGUGGGGACACUGACCUCCAGCCCGCUCAGGGCCUCAGUUUCCCCAGCUGGGAACACGAGGCCGCUCCUGGACGCCCAGCAGCCCUGCUACCUGCUCUACCGCCUGGACUCCAAGAACGCCCAGGGCUUCGAGUGGCUCUUCCUCGCCUGGUCACCUGACAACUCCCCGGUGCGGCUGAAGAUGCUGUACGCGGCCACGCGGGCCACGGUGAAGAAGGAGUUCGGGGGCGGCCACGUCAAGGACGAGCUCUUCGGGACGGCGAAGGACGACCUCUCCUUGGCCGGGUACCAGAAGCACCUGUCGUCCUGUGCGGCGCCCGCCCCGCUGACCUCGGCCGAGAGGGAGCUGCAGCAGAUCCGCAUCAACGAGGUGAAGACAGAGAUCAGCGUGGAGAGCAAGCACCAGACCCUGCAGGGCCUCGCCUUCCCCCUGCAGCCGGAGGCCCAGCGGGCGCUGCAGCAGCUCCGGCAGAAGACGAUCAACUACAUCCAGCUGGUGGGUGCGCUCCCUGCCACGCAGCUCACCCGGGUGCCGGCGGGAACACCUGCCCACCCCCACCCCCGCCCCUUCCUGUUCCCAUUUGGGUGCAGCUUCCGGGGCCCCCCAUUCACCCCCUCUCGUCCCGGGCCCCCAGUGUUCAUCUACUCGAUGCCGGGAUACAAGUGCAGCAUCCGGGAGCGCAUGCUCUACUCCAGCUGCAAGAGCCGCCUCCUGGACUCCGCGGAGCAGGACUUCCGGCUGGAGAUCGCCAAGAAGAUUGAGAUCGGCGACGGGGCCGAGCUGACGGCCGACUUCCUGUACGACGAGGUGCACCCCAAGCAGCACGCCUUCAAGCAGGCCUUCGCCAAGCCCAAGGGCCCGGGCGGCAAGCGCGGCCACAAGGCCACUGGGCUGGCGUUGUGA